AUGGCCGAAGCACAAUCAAUCGAACGAAAACGAGCAAUACGCAAGGCAAAUCGCGGAGUAAUCACGAAGUACAUCAACGAAGCAAACGAUCUUUUGCACGACGAAGACAGUGAUCGAGACCGUCUUAUUACGAUUCAAGGGCUGCUUCGCGAAAAGCUAGAUUAUAUAAAACGACUUGAUAGCGAGAUAUUGGAAAUUUGCGAAAUAAAAGAUAUCGACAAGGAAAUUAUAGAAUCCGAAGAAAUUAACACUCGAGUUCUCGAUGUAAACAAGAAAAUAUUAAAGGCAACGAGCGAAGGACACUUAGUUACGAAUCAACCGGCAAUAUUCGUGGAAGGUGAGCAUAUAAAUGAACCACAACAAAGCGAACUGCAAAACGAAAGCGUUGUAUCGAAUAAUUCGGCGCCGCAAGCAAGUACAGAUCAAAUUCAACACAAUCAAGUAAGUCAACAACAUCAUGUAACGAAAUCUAAACUCCCAAAGUUAGUACUUCCAAAAUUUAAGGGAGAAUUAACCAAAUUUCGAUCGUUUUGGGACUCGUACGAUAGUGCUGUACAUAAAAAUAGUCAGCUGUCAACAAUCGAUAAAUUCAAUUAUUUAUACUCGUUGCUCGAAGGGCCAGCUCUACGUUCAAUUCAAGGUUUAUCCUUGACCGAAGAAAAUUAUCAAUCCGCUGUAGACUUGUUAAACCAACGAUUUGGAAAUCAACAACAAGUUAUUUCGGCCCAUAUGGACGAACUACUAAAAAUUCCAGUGUGUUCAGGCGACAAACCAUCACAACUUCGAUUUGUUUACGACAAAAUUAGCGUUAGCGUAAGAGGUCUCGAAGCGUUAGGAGUAGCUUCAAGUCAGUACGGCAGUUUGCUCAUACCUAUUAUUAUGUCAAAAUUGCCCGCAGAAAUACGACUUCAUAUAGCGAGAAAUACGGUCGAUGAAGUGUGGAAUAUAACUGAUUUGCUCGAAGUUAUGCGUAAAGAAGUAGAAGCUAGGGAGCUUAGCGAAAAUGUUCGAAGCCAAAGCGGUGAAAUUGACAACCGGAAGUCAGAGACCGGAAAUGAAAUCGACAACUUCCGGAAAUUCAACCAACGAAAUAAAAGCAAAUAUCAAGCGUCUGCUGCCAAUUUGUUUGUAAAGGACGACGAAAGUAACGAAACGAAGCCGAAGUGUGUGUAUUGUGGUGAAUUUCAUUUUUCAGCUUCCUGUAUUCAUGUUAAAGACCCAAGCAAGCGAAAGGAUAUUUUGACCAGAGAUAAACGUUGUUAUUUAUGUCUAAGAACAGGGCACAUAACAAGGGAUUGCAAGAAACAACAAAACUGUCGAUGGUGCGAAGGUCGACACCAUCAAUCGAUUUGUCAGCGUGAUGUAAAGAGUAAAACACCAGAAAACACUACCAAAGGUGAUUCGACUAGUGGUGCGGCUCAAGGUCAAAAUCAUACAACAACAACUACAACAAAUGGGAAUUGCUCCAAGGUUCUUUUACAAACAGCCACCACAUUUGCCUAUUCAAGUCAACAGUCGGCAACGGUUCCAGUUCGAGUUUUACUGGAUAGUGGCAGCCAGCGAACGUACAUAACCAAUGGUUUAAAAGAAAAGCUCGGGUUGCAACCCACUAAAACAGAAACGUUAAAGUUAAAUACAUUUGGAGGAGAUCGAUUCAGCAAGAAAAGGUGUGAUGUUGUACAGUUAAGUUUGCAAGGAAGUGAUGGGGAUAUCGAGAUUUCAGCAGUAUGUUUUCCCAAGAUUUGUUCGCCUAUUCCCACAAAGAUUUGUCCUGAAAGAUAUCCGCAUUUGAAGGGAUUGAACCUGGCUGACGUUAAACUGAGCGAAAGCGAUGAACUUGAACACGAUAACAUUGAUAUUCUCAUUGGUUGUGAUUAUUAUUUCGAUAUUGUGAAUAACGAAAUGGUCCGAGGAGAGGGGAGAGGCCCUGUAGCGGUUUGCAGUAAAUUUGGUUGGAUAGUGUCGGGUCCAACAAUGCGUGAAGAAAAGAACGAUGAAUCCUCGAUGGUCCACCUUAUUAUGCAGAGAAAUGAGCUAGCAAGUCAAUCAUCGUAUGUUCAAAAUAAAGAUGGCGAACUGAUCGAAACUCUUAGAACCUUCUGGGACACAGAAUCAAUUGGAAUCACAAAUCACGAUAUUGGGAAUCCAGAGGAAUCCAAGUUUUUACGUGAAGUUAGCUUUGACGAACAAGAGGGUCGAUAUCAAGUUAGGUUGCCUUGGAAAACUGAAGCAUUGCCACAAUCAAACGGAUAUUCAACGUGUGUUCGAAGACUUAGACAACUUCAUUCCCAUUUAAAGAAAGAUAAACAUUUGCUAAAUGACUAUGACAGUGUAAUCAAGCAACAACUCGAAAGUGGCAUAAUCGAAGCGGUUCCUGAGGAAGAUGAUGAUAGUGAUGGAUCGUAUUAUUUACCUCAUCAUGGAGUACUUAGAGAAGACAAAGAGACAACCAAGUUGCGGGUUGUUUUCGAUGGGUCGGCUAAACCUAACGAGGAAAGUCCUUCAAUUAACGAGUGUCUGGAAAAGGGACCCAAUCUUGUUCCGAAUUUAUUUGACACAGUUAUCAAAUUCCGAAGUCAUCCGAUAGGUAUUGUUGCAGACAUAGAAAAAGCGUUUCACCAAAUCCAGAUAUCGCCUGAGGACAGACGAAUGCUGCGGUUCCUUUGGUUCGACGAUAUCACUGAACCUGUUCCGAAAAUCCGACGAUUCCAGUUUUGUCGACUAGUGUUUGGGCUUACCCCUAGCCCAGCAGUUUUGGCAAGCAUCAUUCAACAUCAUUUAAGUAGACAUAAAGAAAGGGAACCUGAAAUGGUUUCCUUGCUCAAUGAUUCAUUUUAUGUCGAUGACUUUGCUGGAGGAGCAAAAACUGAUGAUGAUGCGGUAGAGGUUUAUGAAAAGGCGCAAGCAAUUAUGAAAGACGGUGGUUUCACUCUCCGAAAGUGGAUGUCAAAUUCGAAGAAAUUCCGAGAAAUGGUCGAAAAAAAUGAAGAGCAUCAAUCAUACGUGAACGCGGACAAACCAACACUCAACCAAGGUAAACAAGAUGUAACACAAACGAGUUCGAAUGAGAUUGUAAAGGUCCUUGGUUUACACUGGAACGUGCAAAGUGACGUAUUCCAAUUUGAAACCACCGAAUUAGUGCGGUAUGCCCGAACUCUACCACCCACGAAGAGAUCGGUCCUUAAACUGUCAGCGAAAAUCUUUGAUCCGAUUUGUAUACUAGCGCCCUUCACGAUCAAUAUGAAGUGUCUGUUUCAAACUUUGUGUGUUGAAAAUGUCGACUGGGACACUGAAUUAAGCGGUAAAUCAUUAAGUACCUGGAAUUCGUUGCUAAGAGAUCUUUUGGCAAUAAAAUCAAUCCGUAUGCCCCGAUGUUAUUUUACCAAGUCAAGCCCAAUCUCAACUCAUCAGAUCCAUGGAUUCUCUGAUGCUUCAGAAAAGGCGUAUAGUGCGGUUGUUUAUCUGCGUACAGAAUAUCAAGACGGAACUGUCGAAGUAAACUUGAUUCGUCAAAGACGAGAGUAGCGCCUUUAAAAAGACAGUCGAUUCCAAGGCUCGAACUGCUUGGGGCAAAUAUUUUAGCUCGAUUGGUGAACACGAUAUUGAAAACACUUUCAGCAAUCAUCGAUGAUCCAGAGGUAUUUUUAUGGACGGACUCCUAUACGACGCUUUGUUGGAUAAGAAAUUACAAGAUGUGGAAACAGUAUGUUCAACGCCGUGUGACAGAAAUCCGAGAGCUUACAAACGAAAAGCAUUGGCACUUUUGUCCAGGUGAACUCAACGUAGCGGAUUUGCCAUCGCGUGGUUGCUCUGCAACUGCAUUAGCUGAAAAUGACACGUGGCUCCAUGGACCAAAGUUCCUUAAAGAUCCUAAAGACCAAUGGCCUAAAUGUCCUCAACCUACCAAUUUAGAAACCGAUGUCGCUUUGUCAGAAACUGUCAAGACUCGUCCUACUGUUACGUACAGUCUUGUUAAUUUAACGGACGAUCUACUUUCGCAUGCCAGAAUUGGAUUGGUAAUGGAGUGUAACAAAUAUAGUAGUGUAACAAGAUUGCUAAGAGUCACCGCGUUUGUUCUACGAUUCAUCAGGAAGUUGAAAGGGCAAGAAACGAGUGACAAUUCUAUACAGACCUUAAGUGCUAACGACAUCAAGGAAGCCGAGAUCCUUUGGGCCAGAGAAGUCCAAGCGGUAUCAUUCCCUGAAGUAACUCGCCUUUUAGGCUCAAAACAGCGGGUUAACAACCAACUUAUUAAUCAGUUAAACUUGUUUCGCGAUAAGAACAAUCUCAUUCGUUGCGAGGGACGUCUGGAACAUUCAA